AUGGCCAGCCCGGCACCAUGGCUGCGCUGGACACAAACAGAACUGAGGCUCUGGGAGGGGGAGGAGGAGGAGGAGGAGGAAGAGGGGGAGGAAGAAGACGACUUUGAAAGGCGGAUGGACGAGGACGGAGUCGUCGGCCUGGGGAGCCCACCGUCGGGUGAGUCGUCCCCUCCCCGCUCCGCAGGGGGGGUUUCGGGGGGCAUCAGGCAGCCGGGAUCAGCCCCGCGGUGCUGGUGUUUUGCAGGCGAUGGCGAGGACCCGGAGGAGGGGUCCCCGGCGGAGGAGGGUCUCUGGCACCCACGGCGGGACCUGGGGAAGGAGGAGGAGGAGAAGGAGGAGGAGCGGGGCAGUUCCGGGGGGGACGAGGGGCCCUGGGGGGUAGAGAGUGAUGGGGAGCCCUACCCCGAACUCUCCGACGAGGGCCAGUGGGGCUCGGGGUCCAGUGACAGCCCUGGGACACCGGGGGGCGGCCGGGCGCUCCGCCAGCCCCGCGGCUGCAGCACGGAUGGUGGUGACACCUCAGCGCCGUCGGACACCAGCCCCGGUCCUGCCACCCCAUCCCGCCGGCACCGGGGCUGGGGCAGGUCCCAGGUGCCCAAGAAAGCAGCCCCCACAAAGCGGCCCCCCAAGCCUGGCCGGCGGUCGCCAUCCCUGAGUCCUGGGGAGCGGCGGACGGGGAGCAGGGAGAGCAGGGAUCCCUCGGGAACAGGCACCGGCGCUGCCGAGGGCACCCAGUACGGCCGAGGGCGCCUCAACCACCCCCUGCCCGACCUCUCCAAGGUGGGGGCACGGGUGAAGAUCGACCAGAGCUACCGCCCGCCCCGGAGCCGAGCCCUGCCCGCCCGCCCCCGGGCCCCUGCCCGCCCCCUUGGCUUCAAGUCCCCGGCUGAAAUCGUCCGGGAGGUGCUGCUGAGCAGCGGGGAGGGGGUCCCCCCACAGCCCCCCAGCACUGCCCGGCUGCCGCAGGAGUUCAGGUCCCCCAGGCAAGCCACCGAGCUGGUGCAGCAGCUUCAGGACGACUACCACAAGCUGCUGACCAAGUACGCCGAGGCUGAGAACACCAUCGACCAGCUGCGCCUGGGUGCCAGGGUGAGCCUGUACGCCGACCCUCCGCGGCCCAGCCACAGCCUGGCCAUGGGCACGGUGGCCACCGGCUGCCAAGUGGUGGCCCUCAACAUCCCGCAGGCCAGGACAGCAGCUUUCAGCGUGGCCACGGCCCCCCCAUCCUCACCCAGUGCAGGUCCAGCACCGGGAGCGUCAGGCCAGGAGGGAUCACCCCAGUUUCCUUCCCCCUCCCUACCCACGGGGGGCUGCCCCACCUGCCCAGGGCCCUGCCUCUGCCUGGGGACCCAGCUGACAGGGACGCUGGCGGGACAGACCUACAAGCUGCAGGCACAGGUGGAGUCCUUUGAAGGCUGGAUCCGGGCAGGGGGUCCCACGCACCAGGAGCAGCUCCAGAGGUUUAGGAAGCUGAAGGAUGCACAGGAUGCCCUGGAGCAGGCGUACCUGCGAGCCCGGCAGCAGCACCCGGGGGCCUCGGGGGACUUCGAUCCUGAUCGCUCGGUGGAAGGGGAGAUUUUCCACCUGGGGCUGCGCCUGGAGGAGCUGAAGGAGCAGCUGGAGCUCGGGGCCAGGCUGCAGCCCCCCCUGCAGCCCCCAGCCCAGCCCCACUCCCCUCCAGACCCUUCCCCACUGCUGGCUGCCCACUCCCCACACCCCGAGAGCCCUGUGCUGAUGGAGGGUCCCCAGGGGACAGUGGGGGACAGUGAGGAGGUGACAGGGGGGUUGCCCCAGCCUCUCUGGCGGAAGCAGCUCCAAGUGGAGGAGGAUUUUGGUGACUUGCUGGCACAGUACGAGCACUUCAAGUCCUUGCCGGAGUCACUGAGCCUGGAGCAGCUGAGCCUGGCAGAGAGUGGCUCCCAAGAGGAGGUGGAUGGACCCACAGCAGGGGAUGGUGGCCCCUGCAAGGUCCCUUACAGGACAAGGUCACUAGAGGAGGCAGCCGACCUUGAGACCUCCCCCUUGCACCCCCUGGAGAGGAGAGCUGCACCCCUGUCCCCCAGGGAACCCCCAUGGCCAGGGGGGACACGGGGCCACCCGUCCCCCACUACUGCUGAGGACCCACCAGCCACAGCCAAGCCCCCCUUGGGGCUGCCCGAGCCACUGCGGGUGCCCCUGUCCCACCGCAGCAGUGGGGUGGGCAGUGCUGCCCCCCAGCACUGUCCCCGCAAGGAGCAGCGCAUUGUGUCACCAGAGACAGACAGUGGCUUCAUGGGCUCGGAGGCCAGCAGGGUGUCACCCCCUGUGCACACCCCCGAGCACCGGCCCCCCGGCACCGGGACUCCCGGCUCCCUGGGACCCUCUGUCCCCAUCCCUGCCACCCUCCGUCCUCCGCGGAAGAGAGAGGUGGCCCCGGUUCCCUUCAAGGCAGCACUGAUGGGCAUCUCCCCAGCGGGUGGGCAGGGGGAGGUGGGGGGGCCUCAGCUGCCCCCCCAUAGCUCCUGGCAGGGCAGCUCACCCCCCCGCUGGGCCGAGAGCGCUGGCAGUGAGGUGGGACCCGACGGGGAUGGCGCUCACACGGACACAGAGGUGGAAGGCAGGAGUUGUGGCAGCACUGGUGGCCGCCCUCCUACCACGGCCAGGGGCCCGGCCAGCCCCCCACCAUCCCUGGAAACACCGUCCCCCACCCCAGUGUCCCCCGACCUGUUGUCCCUCGACCCAGCUCACUGCGACCUGCUGGGGUCCCGUCUGGAGCGCGACCAGGCCAUCCGAGAGCUGCAGGAUGAGGUGUGGCGGCUGAGGCAGAGCCUGGAGCAGAGCCUGGAGCAGAACCUGGAGCAGAACCUGGAGCAGAGCCUGGAGCAGAACCUGGAGCAGAACCUGGAGCAGAGGAGCCCACGCCGCUCCCGCAGCCAUCCCAGGGGAAAAGCCACCCUGGCCAGGAGGCAGCCAGUGGCCAGCAAACCAUUGUCCCCUAAGGACACAACACCCUCAGGGGAGCCCAGCCCCCCGGUGCGGGGCAGGGUGGCCCCCAAGGUGGCAUCCGUGAGGAGGGGGAGGUCGGCAUCGCUGCCACGGGACCGGGCCCCGCGGGACCCCAAUGGGGGGCUCAGACCCACCGGAUCCCACCCCGCUUCCCUCUCCUCUGCCCCAGCCUCCGGGUCAGACCCCUCACCCACCAGACCCCGGGCCACCCCCUCCCGGCAGAAGAGCCCUGGGGGUCCCCCGGGUGUGGUGACAUUCCGGGGACAAUACACAGGGACGCGGUACCAGGCGGGGAUGCCACGCACUGCCCCGGCACCCCAAGAAGAGCUGGGCACUCCAGGGUGCCCCCAGUGCCACAGGACCCCAUCAAGAGGCUCCUGGGUGGGUGAUGCUGCAAGGCAGCCCUGGCAUAGCACCCCAAGGAAGACACGCUGUCCCACCUGCCAGGCAUCCAUGAGUGCUCCUGCACCCAGUGGCAGGGAUGGAGCCACACACGCAGAGCGUGGCCCCAGGAGCACGUUCCCCCCAGGAUCCCACGUUGGUCCCCACGCCGAGAAGCCGGAGCAGCCCGGACUUUGGUACUUUGCAGCCAGCCCUGGUGCCACCAGCUGCCUGGCACCCGUCCCCCUCGUGCCUUAUGUGCCCACCCUGCUCUACUGCUCCCCAGCAGUACCUACCUCAGCCCCAGCCACGGCCGGGGUCUCCCCCCAAUCUGCCGUGGGGCACCGGCAGGCAGAGCAUCCCCCUCGUCCCCCCACUGCUGCCCCCCACCACUGCCUGGCCUUGGAGGAGCUGGAGGAGCUGAACUGGUCACUGAGCCGGGCGGUGGAGGCUGCCCAGAGCAUGAAGGUGACCACCAGCCGCAUGAGCCGGGCACUGGCCACCGAGCUGGGCCGAGCGCGGCACCCGCGCGGCUCCUGCCUCUUCUGAGGGCACCAGGACCAGCCCCUGCCCUCAUGGGGGGCAGGCAGAAGAGGAUGGGUUCCUCAUCAGCAUCCCCAUUCCCUGCCAGAUCUGUGGAUGCUGGAGGCAUCUCCACGACGUCCUCCACCAGCUCCCAACCCCAUCCCGCUUGCCCUAGACCUCCCGUGUUGCUUGUCCCUCUGUCCAUCUGUUUUCAGGACCCCUCCAAGCUGCAGGAAGGUGGGCAGAGGUCUCCUGAGACCUGCACCAUCCUGCUGGAGGUGCAAGCACAGCAGGGAGGGAACCAUCUCCCCCCCUCCCCCCCCCCC